AGCAGAAUCAUUUUUUAAGACAGCUUGUCUUGCUUCAAGAGCAACGCAGCCGACAACAACGAAUAAAACGUGUAAAAAUGUUUCGCCUUGAAAAUAAUUAAAUAUAUUUUCAUUUAAAUCAGUGCAGCGGUGAAAAUAAAACUGUAUACUUGUGUGUGUUUGUUAUAUUUGCUGUAAUUUUCAAGAUGCCCCUCUACUGGCACCUGAGACGGCUGAAAUCGUACGCAUUAUCAUAAAUACAUCGACAACCUGAAAUCACCGCAUUGUACGGACGCUUCGAGUGUCAUCAUCAAUAUAAUACGCGCUACAUUCUAAACAGAUAAAAUUACUUAAACAAACAUCGAUGCCACGAUUUACAACGCUCUAAUAACACCGCAAGAUUUCAGUUAGUCACUGCUUCAUUUGAAAGUUACAACGAAAAAGUUUUUAAUCCAAAAAGCGAAUUUUUAAAUAUAAAGUGAUGAAUACAUUUAAUUUUUGCCUGGUUCAACGUUGUGACAAUGGAUGUGAAGCGGAAAAUCGUGUCGUGUGCUGAAAAGCGCGUCGUACGGGAGCAGGAACACUCCUUCAACAAAUGGUCCAUUGUUGCUCUCAUUGAGUUGAUGCUGUUGAUGCUUUUGUUGCAACUGGACCUACCUGAAAACGCGCGCAUUUGACGAUCGCUUUUCAUCGCGUAAUCGAACAUUUAAAACCGUACAUAAUUUGGAACAAGGAGUGCGAAAAAAUUCAAAUCAGUAUUAAAUCAACGGAUUGCUUCGAAUACUCGUGUGAUUUUGUUUAAUUAAACUGUUGUUAUAUAACUUUUCUUAUUGUGCUUGGUGAAAAUUAAAGUGGAAGUGAGAAUUAAAGCUAAAUUGCCUUAAAAGUCUGAUUUAAUUAUAUAAAAAAUAUAUAAAAAACUGUAAUCAUGGAGCCGUUAAUGUCCUUUAGGAAGUGGUUCGUGCUUUUGUGUCUAGAAAUAAGUUAUCUUCUGUUGGGCGCUGGAUUCUUCUAUCAGAUCGAGUCCUUAGAAGAGACAAAUCGUUUGGAAGUGGAAAGAGAGGAAAGGAGAGAAAUUGAAGAGUUAUUAAUUUAUCACUAUCACCCUACGGAAAAUGCCACGCAGGAAGAAAUAUUUCAGAAAUUAACUGAAUAUUGUGGGAAACCCAUGCAUGCCAGGAUGUCCCAGGAUAUUCCACCCCUUAGAUGGGAUUUUUAUCAUUCGUUGUUUUUUGUUAUUACUGUCGUCAGUACCAUUGGUUACGGCAAUUUAGCACCAACAACAAUGAAAGGCCGAAUUGUGAUGAUCUUUUACGGACUUUUUGGCAUCCCACUGAAUGGUAUCGUCAUGGUAACUCUUGGUGGAAUGUUCGGAAGAAGGAUACAAAAGUAUUAUUCAAAUUGGAAAAGUGACAAAAUCCAUAACAUAACCGCAAAUCUCGGCCUCCUAGGGCAAAUAGUACUUUAUCUACUACCUGGAUUUCUUUUACUUAUUUUUCUGCCUUCUGUCGCCAUUAUGAUAUUCGAAGGAUGGGAUUAUGAUGUGGCGGUUUACUACGCGUUUGUUACAUUAACAACAAUAGGAUUUGGUGAUUACGUUGCAGGCGUGCAAGAUAAUAAAUUUGGUGAUCUUCUCUUCACAACCUAUAAAAUCUUCCUCCUUGUCUGGAUUAUCAUUGGUUUGGGUUAUGUGGUGAUGGUACUUGGUUUCAUAACUCGAGGAAUGCGCAGUAAAAAGGUCCAAGAAAUGGAACAACUUCUAGUCAACAACAUACGUCAAACUCCGCUGAAAUUCAAAGCUCUCAAAUCAAUGGUCUACGAGAUUUUGCAGUAA